GGUCAUGAAAACUUUUAAUAAGGACUCACCUCAUGAAGAAGUUGAGAAAUCUGGCCUGAACCAAUGCCUUUAACUAUACAGUAUUUAGGAUUCAUUGGGAAGCACUGAAUAAGAAAUGUUGGCUUCUAGGGCAUUUAGCCUAAUUGGCAAGCGUGCCAUUUCCACCUCCAUCUGCUUGAGAGGACAUGGUGUUGCGAAAGUGGAAGACUUCAGUCUUCCAAAUUACAUUGAUCGUCGUGACAUUCCCCUGCCUCAACUGGAAUACGUAAGGAAUCUCUCUGCUGAGCAGAAAGCCCUGAAAGAAAAGGAAAAGGCAUCAUGGAGUGCCCUCUCCAUUGAUGAGAAGGUUGGAUUGUAUCGUAUCAAAUUCUGUGAGACCUUUGCUGAAAUGAAUAGGGGAUCAAAUGAGUGGAAGACUGUUAUUGGUGGUAUGCUCUUCUUCUUCGGCCUCACUGCCUUUAUUGUCAUUUGGCAGAGACUGUAUGUUUAUGGUCCUGUUCCUCACACCCUCUCUGAGGAAUGGGUGGCUAUGCAGACCAAGAGAAUGCUGGAUAUGAGAGUUAACCCAAUCGAGGGCUUCUCAGCCAAAUGGGACUACGACAAGAACGAAUGGAAGAAGUAAAAUCACUCCUGGGAUUACUGGACCUGCUGUUCACUUGAAUUUGAAAUGAUUCCAUUACCUACAUGUGACCUCCCUGCUUAUGUACUGGAACAAACUCCAUUUAAAUAUAAAUGCUAAUAAAUGUCUGGUUUACUUGAAA